UUAUGGUCACAUGAGAGGAAACUCACUGGAAAAAUUUACUAGUCCACGCAUCCUGUCAAAACAUCUACAAUGUAAUCCCAUCAGAAUGAACAGUGAUGCGAAAGCGAAAAGGCAGCGCAGACCAUGACAGCUCGUUCACGGGUAACGUUACACUACUGGACGGCAGCUCCGAUCUAAAGCAGUGCCACAAAAAAACAGACGCUGCUUCUGAUCCAGGAGGUUCGGGGACAGGGAUGGGGAGACGCUACAGGAGGGGUGGUCUGAUAUGGAGGCUAAGGAGGAUACUGAUCUGGGUGCUGGGAAUCUACAUCGCCAUCCCUGUUAUCAUCAAAGUCUGUCCAUCAAUACAAGCAAAAUUAGUAUUUUUAAACUUUGUGCGAGUGCCGUAUUUUAUAGAUCUGAAGAGACCAGAGGAUCAGGGCUUGAAUCACACUCGCAACUUCUACCUGCAGCCCGAGGAGGGAAUCAACAUUGGAGUGUGUCACACAGUACCUUCAGUGAUGUGGAGGGAGGCUCAGGCAAAAGAUGCUGAAUGGUAUGACAAAAGCUUCCAGUCCAGUCAUCCAGUCAUCCUGUAUCUUCAUGGCAAUGCUGGAACAAGAGGAGGGGAUCACAGGGUUCAGCUGUACAAGGUUCUUAGUUCAUUAGGCUACCAUGUAGUCACAUUUGAUUAUAGAGGUUGGGGUGACUCUGAGGGCAGCCCUUCGGAGAAAGGCAUGACGUCAGAUGCUCUCUUCCUCUACCAGUGGAUAAAGCAGCGGAUUGGCCAGAAGCCCCUGUACAUCUGGGGUCACUCGCUUGGCACAGGAGUGGCCACUAACCUAGUGAGACGUCUGUGUGACAGGGGAACGCCCCCAGACGCCCUAAUUUUAGAGUCACCCUUUACCAAUAUCAGAGAGGAAGCCAAGAGCCAUCCCUUCUCUAUGGUUUACAGAUAUCUGCCAGGCUUUGACUGGUUCUUCCUGGAUUCUAUAACUGCGAAUGAUAUCCGAUUUGCCAGUGAUGAAAAUGUCAACCACAUAUCCUGUCCGGUUCUGAUACUGCACGCAGAAGAUGACACAGUCGUACCUUUCCAGCUGGGAAAGAAGCUAUAUGAUUUGGCGGCUCAGAGCAAGAGUCUGAACGGUCAUAAGGUUCAGUUCAUCCCGUUUCCCAGCUCUCUGGGCUACAGACACAAGUUCAUCUACAAGAGCCCACAGCUACCAAAUAUACUCAGUGAUUUUCUCAGUGCGCCGCAUCCUCACGUGUAGUCAGGAUCAUUUCAGCCGACUGCCCUCUCUCACACACUCUCUGUUAAACACGCACACACACACAUACACAAUCUAUGUGAUCUGCACCGUGUACUUGCACACACACACACACGAGCAUGGACUGAAGAUGCACCAGUUCUUUUGCAUUCCUUUAACGUCAAACCUGGAGGAAGAAAGUUAUCGUCAUUGAGAGUGACAGGGCUGAGUGAUUUCUUACACCGCCUCCUGUUGCCAUGGUAACAGAUCUGAAGGGGCAGCUGGAGCACAAAAUAUGCAAAAUAAUAUGCAGAUAUGCACUUAAAUAAUGCUUAAGUCAACAACCCUCUUCAAAGGAGAGACGUACUGAUGACGUUUUAGCGAUGGCACUGCGAAGACCACAAGAGGAUUAUGGUCAAGGGGACGAAACAGGACAACAUGCUAUAAUGAUGUCAUUGUCAGUGCUUGCUGACUGCAAAUCACUCCUUUUUUACGAACAUAAAACAACGACAAUAUCAUGGACCUUAUUUCAAUUCUGAAAUCCACUCAGUGUGAACAGCGAGUUGUUUUAGGUUGAACUUGAAUUGUGUACAAUAAAAUGUCUUUUUUUUGUCUUUAUUUUUCUCACGAUUUGAAUCAUGAUUUAAAGUGCAGAAUUUUGUGCUGCUUGGCAUUAAAACUCUGUGAUAUUUUUAUGCGAUGUUUUGUGUAUUGUGCUUAUGCGGUUGUGUUUGGUUGGUACAUAUGCAACUCAACUGCAUCAGAACCAAAUGAGCUUUUGAAAUGAUAUUUCCCUCCCCAAAUUCACAGAUGUUUCAUUAUUUUAAUGCAUUUGGUUGCUCAAUACUAGUUUGCAUGCCUGUUACUGGAAAAAAGAUUGUUGUAUAGUCAAAAGACAACAGAAAACUGUAUGAAAUCCUUUUCUUUACUUGGUUAUGUGGGUUACAUAUUUUCUUUAUACUCUCACUUUGCAUAUUCCAAAAAUAAAUAAACAAAAUGAAUUAUUACCAUAAUAUGUUGAAUACCAAAAUCAAAAACCUUAGUGACAAAUAUUAAAAGAAUGACUUAAUUUAUUUUUAUUACGUUUAUUACCCAAUUGAUAUACAAUAUUGUUCAAGAAGUCUUAUGCUAAUCAAGGCUACUUUUUAAUUGAUCAGAAGUAUAGUAAAAACAGUAACAUUGUUGAAUAGUAU